UCGGAGUGAGAAGCCCAGAUAGACCCCCCGGUGGCCUUGGCCCAAGCCCCCUGCCUGCUGCUGGCCGAGGACGCACCCGAUGCUGGCAGUGAGGCCAGCCAUGGAUGGGGAGUGCCCGCAGCAUGAGCCUCCGCCCACGGGCAGUAUACUGUACAGCCCACCGCCCCUGCAGGGCGCCAUGCUGCACUACCCCUGGUGGAACACCUUCUCACCGCCAGCGUACCCAGCCUUCCCCAACGAGAGCCGCCAGUUCAUAGGCCCCGCCUCCUUCCUCGAUGGCCAGCCCUGUCCAGACACCAGCUAUGGCCCUGGGGCCGCCGCCUCUAGCUUCUUGCCAAAGAGCUUCGACCUUCCUCAGGACGCCUCCUACUUGGAUGACCUCUCCAACGCCUCCAUCUUCUCAUCAUCCGUGGACUCCCUGUCAGACAUCGCCGACACGCCCGACUUCCUGCCGGCCGACAGCCUCAGCCAGGUGCCCACCAUCUGGGACGUGAGCACAGCCUCUUCUGCCCACGACAAGCUGAUCCUGCCCAGCGGGCCAUUUCCGGGCCUGGAGGACCCCGCUGCCUCACUCCCCGGCACCCCACUUCUCGUCAGCUACCAGGCACAGAGUCAGCCCGAGGAGGAGGAGGAGGCGGAGGAGGAGGAGGCUGAGGAGCUGGGCCACGCGGAGACCUACGCGGACUACGUGCCAUCCAAGUCUAAGAUUGGCAGGCAGCACCCCGACCGGGUGGUGGAGACCAGCACGCUGUCCAGCGUCCCGCCCCCAGACAUCAGCUACACGCUGGCCCUGCCUUCGGACGGCGGGGCCCUGUCUGCCCUGCAGCUGGAGGCCAUCACCUACGCCUGCCAGGUGACGCCCCGCCCCAUCAAGUAUGGCGACAACACUACCUCAGAGGGCGUCCUCUUUGCCACCUACUCCGCCCUGAUUGGAGAGAGCCAGGCGGGCGGCCAGCACCGCACGCGCCUGCGACAGAUCCUGGACUGGUGUGGGGAGGCAUUCGAGGGCGUGAUCGUGUUUGACGAGUGCCACAAAGCCAAGAAUGCCAGCUCCACCAAGAUGGGCAAAGCCGUGCUGGACCUGCAGAGCAAGCUGCCCCUGGCCCGGGUGGUCUAUGCCAGCGCUACAGGUGCCUCCGAGCCCCGGAAUAUGAUCUACAUGAGCCGGCUGGGCAUCUGGGGAGAGGGCACGCCCUUCCGGACCUUUGAGGAGUUCCUACAUGCCAUCGAGAAGAGAGGCGUGGGCGCCAUGGAGAUUGUGGCCAUGGACAUGAAGGUGAGCGGCAUGUACAUCGCACGCCAGCUCAGCUUCUCAGGCGUCACCUUCCGCAUCGAGGAGAUCCCGCUGGCGCCUGCUUUUGAGCGCAUCUACAACCGUGCGGCACUGCUGUGUGUGGUCAUCGGGCUGCAGUCCACAGGCGAGGCGCGGACCCGCGAGGUGCUGGGCGAGAACGACGGCCACCUGGACUGCUUUGUCUCAGCUGCCGAGGGCGUCUUCCUGUCGCUGAUCCAGAAGCACUUUCCUUCCAGCAAAAGAAAAAGGGAGAGAGUGGGCAGCAAGCGGAAAC